AUGCGAUCAGGAAUUGUCGGUAACACUGUUACCGCUCUGGUUCGUGAUGUUCGAAGAGUAUUAGAACCAAAUACAGCAAGCCAUUUAAAGGAACGUAGAUCGAACCGUUUGAAGGACUUUGUCAUGGUAGCGGGGCAACUAGGCGUUACGCAUUUUCUGAUAUUCAGUCGUACAGAAAAGAAUGUCAACCUUCGUAUUUGUCGUGUACCUCGUGGACCCACUUUAACAUUCCGUGUACAUGAAUACGCCUUAGCAAAAGACUGUAUAGCAUUACAGCGCAAUCCAAGAACAUCCGAUAUCGAGUUUAGAAAGAGCCCUCUCUUAGUAUUAAACAACUUCCAGCAACCCGGAAAAGAGUUCAAGGUUUUGACUGUCAUGCUACAGAAUAUGUUUCCUGCAGUAGAUGUACAAACAAUGCAAAUUUCUGAAGCAAGACGUGUUUUGUUAUUCAACUACAAUGAAGAUACAGGCAUGAUUGACAUGCGUCAUUACAGCAUUGGAGUAAAAGCAACAGGCAUUUCAAAGUCUAUAAAACGAGUGAUAAAUACCAAUUUACCGAAUUUGGGUGAUUAUGAAGAUAUUUCAGAUUACAUUUUAAAAGAAGCAGUCAUUUCAGAAAGUGAUGUUGAGGAUGGACCGGAAUCCACGGUUACAUUACCACAGGAUUAUCAUGGACGUAAUAAUCGUAAAAAUGAACAGAGAGCGGUGCGUCUUCAUGAACUGGGCCCACGUCUAACACUCGAAUUGACCAAGGUCACAAAUGGACUCUGCAGUGGCGAAGUACUCUAUCACAGAUAUCAUAAACAUCAGCAAAGACAACAUAAGCCUAAGAAACAGAAGGUAGAAGCUAAAGAGGAAUCGGAAAAUGAACAAGAAGAUUAA